AUAAAUGCAUUAUUUUUCGCUCUAAGCGACACGCACGACAUAACCGCGCCGCGCGCCAACCAGUGAGGACGCAAGUCGCCACAUCGCGCCAUUUCUUCGUCUUUCGAAUUUAGAACUUUGUUCGUCGUUUCUUUUUUUUUGUAAUUUUUACUUAAUUUGUGCCAGUGCUAAAAUAAGAAAAAUGAAGGUUUUAGGCGUUGUGGUUUCAUUUUUGUGUGUGUGUUCUGUAUUUGCCAGUGAGAAUUACAGAGCAGGUGUACUGCACUUGCAAAACAAAGACAUUAGCGAAUACACGCGUGUCAUACGUGAAGCUGGCAACACGGACGUCGAUAUUGUUGUGUUGCCGUCGUUGGACUCCGUCGAAUCGUCUGAUAAAUAUGAUGAGAUUGUCGACGUAAUAUCGAAGACAGCUAAACAAGCGAGUGUGUAUGUGGCCAUACAUAUGUAUGAGAAGGCUCGUUGUCACUUGGGAUAUGAAGUAAUUAGGAGUAACCUGGUGUUCGAUAGGAAAGGCGAUAUUAUUUCUGUUUACAGAAAACCUCAAAAUGGUAAAGCCAACUGUACAGCCUCUCCUUCAGAGCUAGUUACCUUCACCAGUGAUUUUGGAGUGACCUUUGGCGUAAUGAUGGAAGAAGAUUUAGCUCUUUAUAAUGUAGAGCAAUUGAAAGGACUGAAGAACUUCAUUUUAACUGGAGACUGGCAGUCGGAGUUGCCGUUAUUUAGCGCUGCCCAAUUCACGCCAUCUUGGACUUACACCAACAACGUGAACCUAGUGUCUACUUCUGGAAUUUACUCUGGGAAGGCUGGUUUGAAGACUGGAUCUGGUAGUCUGAUAGUUGCUGAUUUACAGAAGAAUUGUGAAAAUGAAGUAUCAGCUGUCCCAUUAGUGGUUACUCCAGAGAACUUUUUAGCUGAGGAUCUGAGCCUGUACGUGAUGAAGCAGUUGGACUUGCAGGCCAGCGCUAACGGGUACACGGAGACCAUCUGCCAUAGGAGUUUCUGCUGCGAUUUCUAUGUUGAGACUGCUAAAGAUGUCAAAACCGAGUCCACGUACAAUUUGGCAACGUUCAACGGCGUCCGUCCGUUUGGUGCUAACCACAACGUUGCUACUCAAAUUUGUGUGUUAUCAGGAUCUCAAAACAACGUCAACUUCGAAAGGAUUUCCAUAACUGCCAACUUUACAAAACAGAGCUCUCAAUAUCCAAUCGUCCAAUCAACAGCAGCGCUACCAACUGAAGCAUUCAAUUUCGAAGUUAAAAACAAUGGUGUUACAGAGGUAACGUUGGAAUUAGAAAAUGGAAAGAACAUUAUGAAUUUUGGUAUUUUUGGUAAAAACGCUAACGUUGAUUUGGAAAAGGAUUAUGUAGUAGAGAAAAAUUCUACUGAUAUAGCUCAAAGUGAUUUCGUUGAAUACUUUUUCAAUGAGGAUGUUCAAGAGUUUGUAGAUUACCUUUGGAUCCGUUUACGAGUACUGAUUGUCGUUGUUUCCAUCUACUUUUUGGAGAUGAUGUAAUUUAUACAAAUAUUAUAUUGCGAAGGUCAAAGCAAAUUGGUAUAAAGUCUCUUUGGUACAAA